CCCUUGGUGCAUUGCGGCGGGGGGAGGGGCAUUGUCGCAGGGCUGCUGCGUGUGGGGACGGGGAGCUACUCGCCGCGCCUGCUUCCCCCCACCCUCCCCCCGGGUUUGAAGUUGGCGCCCGGGAGCGAUGCGGCGCUGAGGAGAGGGAGGCCGAGGAGACACAGGCCGCCGCCAUGUCUGCGGGAUUCUCCUUCGGGGCCGGCACGCUGGGCUCCGCUGCCGCCGCCGCUGCGGGGGCGGGAGGCGGCGGCGGCGGGGCAGGCUUCUCCUUCGGAGCCGUCCAGCCGAGCUCAACCGGAGGGCUUAAUUUUGGAACCUUGGGCUCCUCGACUGCUACAGCAACUACAUCAGCUCCAUCAGUGGGCUUUGGAAGUGGACUCUUUGGUUCAAAAUCUACCACUGGGCUUGCUCUAGGAGGUACUAAUACAGGAACAGCUACAACUAUUGCUACAGGAUUAACACUGGGAGCUCCUGCCGCUACAUCAGCCUCUACCACAGGUUUUAGUUUAGGGUUCAACAAACCUGCAGGAUCAGCCACGCCAUUUGCUUUGCCUAUUACUUCUACCUCAGCAGGUGGCCUCUCACUUUCUUCUGCUCUUACAUCAACUCCUGCAACAGGUUCUACUGGCUUUACAUUAAAUUUGGGUGGGACAGCUGCCCCAACUACAACUGCAUCCACAGGCCUUUCGCUGGGAGGAGCCUUAGCUGGUUUGGGAGGUACACUCUUCCAGAAUGCAACCACAGCAGCAACAGGACUUGGACAGAAUGCUCUGAGUUUGACUCUGGGGACAACUUCAGCUCCUUCAGCUACUGUUAAUGAAGGUCUUGGUGGCAUAGAUUUUAGUAGUUCUUCAGAUAAAAAGAGUGAUAAAACAGGAACAAGACCAGAAGAUAGUAAAGCACUAAAGGAUGAAAAUCUACCUCUAGUAAUCUGUCAAGAUGUAGAAAAUCUCCAGAAAUUUGUGAAAGAACAAAAACAAGUGCAGGAAGAAAUUAGCAGAAUGUCUUCCAAAGCAAUGCUUAAAGUACAGGAGGAUAUUAAAGCUUUGAAACAGCUUUUGUCAGUGGCUGCUAGUGGACUACAGAGAAACACUCUUAAUAUUGACAAAUUGAAAAUGGAAACUGCCCAGGAACUGAAGAAUGCAGAAAUAGCAUUAAGAACACAGAAAACUCCUCCUGGUCUUCAACAUGAAAAUUCAGCCCCAGCAGACUACUUCAGGAUCUUGGUUGAACAGUUUGAAGUACAGUUGCAGCAGUACAGACAGCAAAUUGAAGAACUGGAAAAUCAUCUUGCCACUCAAGCAAACAAUUCACAUAUAACCCCACAAGAUUUGUCUAUGGCUAUGCAGAAAAUUUAUCAAACAUUUGUAGCUCUAGCUGCACAACUUCAAUCAAUACAUGAAAAUGUAAAGAUGCUCAAAGACCAAUACCUUGGCUACAGAAAAACCUUUCUGGGAGAUGCUAUGGAUGUGUUUGAGGCAAGACGAGUAGAAGCUAAGAAAUGGCAGAGUGCCCCACGUGUUAUUACUGGACCAACCCCUUUCAGCAACAUACCAAAUGCAGCAGCCGUUGCCAUGGCUGCCACACUUUCUCAGCAGCAACAGCCUGCUACAGGGCCACAGCCAUCUCUGGGAGUUAGUUUUGGAACGCCAUUCGGCUCAGGUAUUGGCACUGGCUUGCAAUCAAGUGGCUUAGGUUCUUCAAACCUUGGAGGAUUUGGAAGUAGCUCUGCUUUUGGAAGCACUGCCACAGGCACACCAUCGUUCGGAUUUGGAACUACAAAUAAACCCUCAGGAAGUCUUAGUGCAGGCUUUGGCAGCUCAACUACAUCUGGGUUUAACUUCAGUAAUCCUGGCAUCACAGCAUCGGCUGGCUUGACAUUUGGGGUGUCUAAUCCUGCAUCUACAGGUUUUGGGACAGGAGGGCAACUUCUCCAGCUGAAGAAACCUCCUGCUGGAAACAAGAGAGGAAAAAGAUAGACACACUCUUGGGGAAAGGGGAAGUGAAUCAGCUUUGUUCAUCCUAAAAGUCUAUUUUUCUAAAUGGAUGCAGUAAUUAAAUUGCAUCCCAGGAGAUUUAUAAAAUUUUGCUACUUUUCCCUAUUCUGGAAUAUGAAAUGUAAUCAUAUUGAACAACUAUUUUCCUGUGAAUAGAAACCCAUUUAUGUAUUUUUAUUUUGGUUCUAGUUUUAGAAAUGUUCUAUACUGCAUUAUUAAAGAAUCUUCUAAAACCAUCUAUUUAACCUAAUGUUAGUAGCAGAAUAUUUUUUGUUAAUAAGCUUUAUACCAUAUGAAUAUAUGCAUAUUUGGUUUUUUUGUACAGAUAAAAUAUAUUCUAGUACAAAUACUAGAGUUCAUAUCUUCUGUUCCUGGAUAUGGCCUUUAAAUCUACUUCAGGGUGUUUCUUUGUGAAUAUGGAUGUAAAUAUAUAAAUAUAUAUAUACACAUAUAUAUACACAGUACAGUGCACACAUUUGUGCAUAUGUAUUUGUAUAUAUAAUAAACACGUGAACUUUGCCCCAUAGACAAAACUCUCCAAGUUCCUUUGCUUUGCGUGUUCCCUUUUCCAUGUUGUUUUAGGCUCCCACAUCUUGAUGCUCAUAGGAAUAUCAAAUAGUGUUCCCUGGCUGUAAUAUUUUUGCAGCUUGUUUUUAAAGACGAGCUGAAAUACUGUUCACUAUUGUAUAAUUCUGGCAAAUAGUGUUUAAUUGCCUGUUUGUCCUCAACAUUUUCCUUUCCUCAGCUAGCAAUCACUCCAAAGAAGAAUCUGGAGAGACUUUCAAACAAAGGUGUUGUCACAGCUGAUGUUACCAAACAGGUCUCUCCUGGGCUGUGCUUCAUUUCUGAGGCUGCUAGGCUUCAGGAGCAAGUUCAGGAUUCCAGGAGAUUGCUGGGGGGGGCCGAGAGUUGUGAAGCCAGUGGUGUCUUCUCUCUGCAAGUGGUGGAUGCAGACUGUGCCACUCUAAUGAAAAUUGUAGCUAACCAUUCCAAAACAGAGUUGAUUCACACAGGGCUACUGGCAUUGACUCCAAAAAGAGUUCCUUACCUGCCCUUAACACCCGUCACUGCUAAGGAAUAAAGUAAAACAGUAUACUUUGAGGGUAAGCUAUUGUAACAAUAGAAAUAGUACCAGUCUUACAAGUGCAGCAAACUUCAUGUUAUGGCAUCUUAGCACAUUGGGCUGCAUCUCCAGCUCAGAGUGCAUUAAAACAGAAACAGCAGAAAAAUCUCUUACAGAGUGUAUAUGGAAUUUUGGAGAUAAGUGUAGCUUUUAAUAUAGAGGUUGUUUUGUACAUAAUGUGCAUCCAAAUGAAUAUUCACAAUCACUUUCACCAAGGCACCUUUUUUCUGAAACAGGUAUUGCGCAUAAUUUUCUAGUAUGAAGUCAGUUGCUUUCAAUUGUAAAAGUGUUGUCAAGUACUGUUUUGUAUGUUCUGGAAGUUAUGUCUGCAUACAGCAAUUACUGGCCUUUGGCAAACAUGGGGUUUUCUGUUGUUUGUGUUCAGAAAUAAGGUAUCAGUUUUGAACACAGAACUUAUCACUUUUGUACACUUGUAUGUUACUGCAUCUAAGAGAUGAGCAUUUUCUUUGGGAGGCAAUUAAUAGUGUAUGCGUUUUUGUUUUUGUUUUUUAAGGCAGUAUUAAAAGCUUAAAAGUCCAUUUCAACUUAAACCUUUUUCAAAACUUGCAUUGGGCUGCAAUCAAAAUCCUGAUAUUUGUAUUUCUUUGUUACUGCUUUUUUAAAAAAAGUUAAAUUUAAAAUGUUGAACCACUGGACUUUCUUGUAAUGUAUUAAUUUGUGAAACUAAUUUUUUUAAACUGUGUGCUGUCUUCGUCCACGUGUGCAACCUACCAUUGUGCAAAACAAUAAAAUAAAUUAAUGCUGUGA